GGGCCGUGAGGCAGUCUUCCCGACUCGCCAGUCCCUCGGGUUGAUGAAGGGGAAGUUGAAGGGCGCCGAGACCGGUCACAGUUUACUGAAGCGCAAAUCCGAAGCUCUUACCAAACGUUUCCGCGGUAUGGUUGCCCCCGUCCCCCGGGGAAUUCCCCUUUCCAACCCCUCUUACCUAAAGAGCUCCCAAUAUAUCCGCGCGCACUUCCGCCUCAAGUUUGAUGCGAAACUCCCUUCCCCCACUAACGAACGCCUCAGAGAUCACCCGCCGCAUCGACGAAGCCAAGCAGAAGAUGGGCCGCGUGAUGCAGAUCGCCGCCUUCUCGCUGGCGGAGGUGAGCUACGCCGUGGGCGGUGACAUCGGCUACCAGGUGCAGGAGUCGGCCAAGCAGGCGCGGUUCCGCGUGCGCGCCAAGCAGGAGAACGUGUCCGGCGUGCUGCUGCCGCACUUCGAGAGCUACACCGAGGACUCGAUCAACGACUUCGGGCUGACGGGGUUGGGUAAAGGUGGGCAGCAGGUCCAGCGGUGUCGGGAGACGUACGCGCGGGCCGUGGAGACGCUGGUGGAGUUGGCGAGUUUACAGACUGCGUUUGUGAUUCUGGAUGAGGUGAUUAAGGUGGUUAAUCGCAGAGUGAAUGCUAUUGAGCACGUUAUUAUCCCCCGCACGGAGAACACGAUCAAAUAUAUCAAUUCCGAACUCGACGAACUCGACAGAGAGGAGUUCUACCGUCUCAAGAAGGUCUCCGGCAAGAAACAGCGAGACACCGCUGCCGCAGACGCCGAGAUCCUGGCUGCGCGGGAGAAGGCCAAGGCCAAGGCGGAGGCUGCCGCCGCUGCCGCCGCCGCCGCUGCAGCCAACGGAGAGGAACCGCCCGCCGAGGAGGUAGAAGAAGAGAAAGCGGCCGCAGAAGAAGAAGAAGCCCCCGAGGCACCGGACGUGCUCGGCGAGCAGGAAGAUGCCGACGUGAUUUUCUAAGUCUAGCGCAGCGAUGCCCCCUCUUUGCCCCUGUUAUGUACCUAGUAUACUUCCGAGCAUGUAGCAGUUAUUGUCUUCACUUGAGAAUUUGUUUCUUUUAGUCAUAUCCCCAAUGGAAGCAAAGAUGAGCAUU